AGCGCAGGCAUUCCUGUAAGUGUUAUAGCCUCUUCUCGUGUAUGUCUCUCACCAAAGUUAGGACUUUCGAUCAAAAAAUGGCUUUUAUUCCUCAGGUUAUCGUCAUCAUUUUGAUUCGUCGAUACUCUUCGAUCCGGAGAGAAGGCCCCUCUUCUACAGGUGCAUCGCCGACAUACGCCAGGCCGCUGAGAAGGCCACUCCAACAAGAAUACACCGUUUCAUCCGUGAUUUGCGCGAUUCUGACAAGGUGGUUCGGGACUACACCUAGAACAUCGACUACCUUGAAGAUAGGGUUAGUCUCUCGACCGAUGUGCGAAAGGGCCGGGAAGUCGAUCUCGUUUCCGUCGACCGUCCCGGUUGAAACGCGUCCACCGAAUCGGCCAUGAAUGGCGACGCCAAGAUGAUAGCCGAGUCGUCGAAUGUAUUGUUCUCCAUGGAUCUCUCCACCGUUUUCGAUGUUCCAACUGUC